CAUAUUACUAAGAGACGCGUCAAAAUAAUAUUCAAAAUGAAACUGAUUAUUUUACUCAGUGUUGUCGCUCUGGCCGCGGCAGCCCCUGCUGACGUCCAGCUCCUACGGUCUGAGUUUAAUAACGAUGGCUUGGGGAACUAUUACACCUCCUUCGAGCAGUCUGACGGUACUAAACAGGAAAGCCGAGGCGUGCUGAAGAACGAGGGUCGCGAAGACGCAUUCGUGGCGGUGGCUGGAUCGUACGAGUGGGUGGGGCCCGACGCCGUGCGCUACGCCGUGCGCUACACCGCCGACGAGAACGGGUACCAGCCGGAGAUCGAGCAGGGCCCCGGAGGAGGCGUCCCCGCAGGCCUCCUCGCCAGCCUUGCAGGCUAAUAAACAUACGACUGAAUAAUUCUCAAACUGUAAAUAAAUUAUCUAUUAAGUAAAA